AGUCCCGCGGCCAGUCUCCGGCCAGAGUCCCAGCCGAGCGGACGGAAGAUUCGCGUCUAUAAUACUUACCUACACUCGUGUACGCGCAGUGUGCGGAUUCGCGAUCGCGCGGACUCGCUGCGCUGCCUCGAUCUGGGCUGCACUCUUGUUCCUCGGUCGUAUAGAGCGCGUGCAUAUAGUUGAGCACAAGUAGCCGAAUGUGUAGUUUCUGCUGUCAGCCCCGCGCGAGUUGAAUCUCGCAGCUUUUACGCGCAGUGCACGCGUACGAAAUACAUCAACUACCUGUUCCAGGAGUGCGAGAUUUUAUAUAUUAUUAUAUACGUUCGUUCGCGCUCGUGUGCUCGUGUGCAAGUGGCGGCCGCUUGACCGCGUGUGGUUAUCGAGCGAAGGUGAACGAGUUGCGCAUACAUACGUACGUAUACGUACUAUGUACCGACUCGAGUUUCCAUCGUCGUCGUUGUGUCUCUCGGACUAUAUGUACACAUAUUUACAUGUGUGUGUGUUUAUGUGACUGAGUGUGGACCUAUGCAUGCAUGAGAGAGAUAUACGAGUAUACACGGAACCUCUCGGACGAGACCCUCAAUUUUUUUACUGUUGCGUCGUAAUAAAGACAUUUUUCACUUGUCGGGGGGACCAAUUGAUUUGGCACGUGCUCAGAUUCGUCAAAGUUUGUUUAUCAUCAGCUGUCCUGACGAUGCUAAUUCAGUAAGUGGCGUAAAUCGCGGAUCCAUCGACAGCUGCAGGAACAGGAACUCUGCCGUACCGAGACGCCCGAUUGUCUUUUGAUCGAUCGAUGCGAAUCAUUGGCACGAAUUACGACGAGACCCGGGAGACCCGAAGAUCGAGAGGUGCAGAUCGAGGCAGCUGCAGAGACGCGAGAGUAAAUCAACGCCGCCCGCGCACCGUGUCAUAGGCAGAGAGGAUGCGGAUCGAGCAACUCGACGCGGCUACUCGUAGAAGAAGCGAAUCGAGCUACUGCGCUCCGUCGCUUGUACUCGGGCCGAUGCGUUGCACAAAAGGCCGUACCACGACUUCCGGGAUAAGGAACAAUAAGUGUCAACAGCUCGGUGUCGUCUCCCGACCAACUGGUCGUCCUUACGCGAGCAGCAGUAGCAGCAGCAGCAUCGGUGGCGGCAGCCACAGUUGUCGUCCCUGAAGUGCAAAAACUCUCUGGGCAACAACAGCAGCAGCCUGUAACAGUAUAGUACAUACUACUACUAUAUACAGCAGCAGCAGAAAGACACAGGCGCACGAUCAGAAAGAUGCCUGCUCUUAAACUAUUUGGCCGUAAAUGGCUCGCUGCCACGGACGACCUGGUUUAUCCAGGCCUUUUUGAGCUUUUCAUCAGGAUCACAUGGAUAAUUCUGAUGAGCAUCGCCUGCCUGAGGUACUAUCCGGAGACUUGGAAAUGUCGCACGGGUGGCGACCUCGUGCGAGUCUUCCUCAUCGGCGAGAUGGUCAUUUUAGCGACAACGUCGAUCCUCGUCGUCCUCAUAGUGAAUCAGAGCGCGCGAGGCUCCAUAGCCGACACUUACGCGAGACGCUACGUCCAGCCUCUCCUAACAAUAAAAAUCCUACUGGUGCCGUUCGAGGUCACGUGGAACAUCCUCGGCACCAUAUGGAUAUUCAGCGAAGAAAUCGAGUGCGGGGCCGAGCACUACACCCUCGGGGUCGUCGAGGCCCUCGUGCUCUUCGACUGGGUGCUGAUCGGCCUGACGAUACUGGGCCUCGCGCUCAUCUUCGAUCCGCUGGGCUCGCUCGGCCUCAAGGACAAGGAGCUCGAGGACUCGAUCGAGCAUCACGGCAAGGUCUCGCGCAUCUGGCUGCGCAGAUUCAAGUUCUUUUGGUGGAUGAGGCAAGACGAGAGCGCCAGCGAGACUUUUCAACACGUAGCCGGUCUACUGAGCGCUCUAUUUCGCGGAACCGAUCUGGUGCCGUCCGACGUAAUGGCCGGAUGCGUCUUGCUGCGCGUACGACAGAAGCGAGAAACGCUCGAAUUGCGAAGGCUCAACAUUCUCGCACUGCCCAAGUUCACCACGGACAGUAGAAAAAUAUUCGAAGACACGCCGGGCUGGAUGUCACUGGAGUGGGCCCAUCAUUACAUGCAGCUGUCGAUCGCCCUGUACGGCUGGCUCUUCGUUCUCUACAGGCACGCUUGCACCGGAUGUUUCCGCCUCGCUCGCGAGAUGACCUGUUGCUCCUGCCUUCGACCAAAGCGCAACGUUGUGUUGGACGACAAUUGCUGCCUGUGCAGUCUGUCCGGCGUGAAAACCCUAUCCAAACUCUCGGAAGAGGACAUACUCUUUGCGUCCUUCAGGAAUCACUUGUGCGAGAUACCGUUUUGUGUACUGGCCGAUCACAAAACGUCGAGCAUCGUCGUCGUCAUUCGAGGCUCGCUGUCGCUGCGAGAUAUCAUUACGGACAUCGCGGCGGCCUCCGACUCUUUCGAGCCCGAAGGACUUCCGCCCGGCAGCAUGGCUCACCGAGGAAUGAUAAUAGGGGCCAAAGUGAUAUUGAAGCAGCUGGAUCAGUACAAGGUGCUCGAGACCGCCUUCAAAAUGUACCCCCAUUACGACCUCACGCUCACGGGCCACAGUCUCGGCGCCGGCCUAGCAGUAUUGUUGGGGACGUUGAUUCGUCCUCGUUAUCCUUACCUUCGAGUUUACGCCUUCGCAACUCCUGCUGGUUUGCUCAGCCGAGAGGCCGCAAAGGUUACCGAGGAAUUCGUCCUGUCCAUGGGUUUGGGCGACGAUUUAGUCAUGAGACUUAGUGUAGACAGUAUAGAGAAUUUUCGCACGUCCCUGCUGAUUACUCUCCAAGCCUGCAGGCUACCCAAGUACAGAGUUGCCCUCAAUGGCUUCGGAUACAUGCUAUUCGGUGUACCCGACCGGGAUCUCAACAGAACCUGGAGAAAUGGCAAUACUAUCAACUCGAUCCCGGGACAAUUGCCACUUUUGUCGGAAGCGACAACACCGCGACAUUCGGAAAUCGCUAUUUUAGAACGAGAUGUCUCUAGGAGAAGGUACUCAAAAGUUAGACUAUACACCGCAGGAAAAAUUUUACACAUCGCGCGCUGUAAGCCAAAUGUGAAAGAAAAAAAAAGUAAACAAAAAAAUAAAGAUAAGAAAUUCGAAAUGCGAUGGGCGCAACCGGAAGAAUUCAUGGAAUUGACGGUAAUGCCGCGCAUGCUUUUGGAUCAUUUGCCUGAAAAUCUCGAGGAAGCAUUAUCGAUACUCGUUGAGCAACAAGAUAGUUUGCCUAUCGAUCUAUCUCCGACUUGAUGUUGAAGUUCAUUCGGAGACAACUUGAGUCUAAUCAAAUUAAAUUAAAUAUUUUUUUUACGUUCUAUUUAUGUACAUAAAUAAAAUUUCGAUUGCUACUUAAUGAUAAUACAACACAUUAAAAAUAUAGCGUUCUAUAAGAUUAGCAGUUUUAUACAAACGAAUAUAAAAACAAAUUUUGUAAAUAAGUUGAAAUUUGACAUAAAUUAACAUUGAAACUUUAUGGUCAAAUCUUUCAAAUAGUUGAAUGCAAAGUGCUGUGUUUUGUAUGUAAAUAAAUAUCUAUAUUACAAACAA